AAUUCGAAAGAGUCGGCAUGCUUUUAUUUUCUUAUUUACCAAAACGAAAAACAAAGGUUCUUUCCUAAACACACACACAUAUAUACCAGUUAAAAAUACAUAUAUAACAAUAAUAAUAACUGGUGUUAAAAAAAACAAUAAUAAUAACUUAUCACUUUUUAAAUUUCAUGAUCAAAGAAUAGUAGAAAGGUUCAUGUUCUUUUAGAUGUAGGAGUUGAGGUAGCGUUUUUUCUUAAGGAUCUACUCAUAAAACUCAUUUAAAUGUACACAUGGGUGAGUGAAAAAAUAUUUGGUUGUAACGUGCCAUUCCUAAGUAUGUUUUCUUAAUAUGAAUCGCAGUGAAAGACAUUGUCGACAGUUUCGCAUAUGGCAAUAUAAUGCCAUACAUGCAUGAGUAACUAGCAAUGAAGCAGACAAGUGAGACAACUCCAUCAGGAACAAUAGAUACCAUUUCUUCCAAAAGUUUUCCAUAAUCCUCACAACACACGGAUCACUUCUCAUGCCGAAUUUGGUGCUAACACGAAGCUGAUCACGCAAACGCAAGAAGAAAAUAACCACUAAUAAUAAUAUAUACAACUAACAACAUGACUGAAACUAAGAAGACGGUAUAAAGAUUAAUUGGGCUCAAGGUCCUUGAUGUAUGAACACCUCCCGAUGCCAGCUUGUUGGACGCGUUGAAGUCCAUGAAGUGCGUCCGCGGUCCAUGCUAGAGAGAUGCGCUGCAUCACGAACCUUCUUUUUUGUUUUUUUUUUAUAUUAAACAUUUUUCAGUAUAUAUAUACACAUACAUAUCUGGCUUUUGUAGUUUGUAAGUAGGCCAUGCUCUAUAAAAGAUAUGAAUCCCAGUCAAAUAACUCGAUCCCAUAUGCCAAGAUCUAGUUCUGUCUGUUAUGAUGAUUCUCGGUACUGACGAGAUAAUAUUUAAAUACGAUUGUGUUAAUUGUUCGUCUCGGGAUCAGUCAAUACAUCACGUUGUAAACAAGUUUUUUUUUUUUUUUUUGGACAUCAAACAAAUUAAAUUUAGUAGUACUAUAAGAUAAAUAGAAUCAAAAGUUGAAAGUCGAACUUUUCAUAAUUGUGAAACAAUAAAGUUCAACAGAAUAAUGUCAAAGGGCACCACCCAUCAAGCUGGCUUGCACCGCUUACGCUUUUUUUGUGCGACUUACGCUACAUCCAUCGUGUUUCAUCUUAUCAUUAGCCUAGGUAUCAUUAACUAGUCUUUCUGUAUUAUUUUACUUGAUCACUCUAAUAUUUCAUCACACUAUUGGAUAGUUUUUAUAUAAAAAAGGCUAAUGGAUAAGUAUUGGACCAUAUUUUUGAUAAUUACUAUUUAAUAAUGUAAAAUUUCAUAUAGUUGAUCAGGUCUGCAUAAUCCAUCUAGAAAGCAAUCAGAUUAAAAGAUGCAGUUUAUCAUUGACAUCAACGUUUUAACUUUUAUAAUGAAGAGAAGAAUCAAAGCGCUAGGAGUCUUCUAAAACGCCCCCAGAAGAAGCAUGUUAAUGAGUAUCAUAUGUGCCAUCCAAGACAAUCAACUUUCUCUGCUUAAGUUUCCAUUGAUGCUUCAGCAUUUGUUUGGACAAGUUUUUAACAAAGAUCGCAUGUAUAAAAUCGUAAACAAGUUAAUCUACGGCAAUCGAAAAAAGAAACUAUUUUCUCUAUUUUUGUCAACUAUCAUCUAUUGUUUAAUAAACCCAAAAAGAUACUGGAUUUGAUUUUGCAUCAUUUUAAAAAUAAAAGAAAAGAGGAUCCAACUCAGGAAGCCAUAUCUCACGCUCAUAUUCAAAGUAAUAUUCACAUAAACCCAAAAUCCCCUAUAAAUACACACUGUCACACAUUUGCAUACACACUCUUCUUCCUCACUCCAUAAUCAUAUCAUCAUCUCUAAUGGCUUCUUCUACUUACAUAUUCUCAGCUCUUCUUCUCUGUAUCUUCUCACUCUCAUCAUCAAGCUCACUCGCUAAACAAUCUCCCCGACCAAAUGCUCUCGUUCUCCCAAUAACAAAAGACAAAACUACACUCCAGUACACGACCGUCAUCAACAGUGGCACUUCUAGAAAUGAGCCAGGCACGCCUCUAGUGGCUGCCUCCCUUGUCUUCGACCUCGGUGGUCGACAUCUCUGGGUCGAAACGGACACAUACUACUGGUCCACUUCAUUCCAAACCAGCCACUGCAACUCCCCCAUGUGCUACCGCGCCGGCUCCCAUGGCUGUAGCCGUUGCUACUCGGAUUACAGACCUGGCUGUAACGCUGACCCUUGCACCCUAACAUUCAAAAACCCCGUCAACGGAAUGGUAGAUACAGGCGACAUUGCUUCGGAAGCUGUUUUUAUUCAGUCCACUAACGGGUCGAACCCGGGCCGGGUCGUUAAAAUCCCCAGUUUGAUUAUCUCAUUGGGAACAAGGGAUCUCCUUAACGGACUUGCUAAUGGAACCGUCGGUAUGGCCGGAAUGGGACGCCACAGCGUCAUCGGACUACCGUCGCAAUUCGCCAAGGCGUUUGGUUUCAACCGCAAAUUCGCAGUCUGUCUCCCUUCUUCUUCUUCUUCUGGAGGAAGAGGCGUCGCCUUCUUCGGUGGUAACGGACCGUACGUGUUCCUCCCAGGGAUCAAGAUCUCCCAGCUUACUACCACGCCCUUGCUCGUCAAUCCCGUGCUCGUUGCGGACCCGAUCAUUUACGAACCGUUUGUAUACGGCGAGAAAUCACCCGAGUAUUUCAUCGGCGUAACGGCGAUCAAAGUCGCCGAGAAAACUGUUCCGAUCAACACGAGUCUGUUGAAGAUCAAUGGAACCACCGGAUUGGGAGGAACCAAGCUCAGCACGGUGAACCCCUACACGGUGUUGGAGACAUCUAUUUUCAAGGCCGUUACGUCGGCGUUUGUCAGAGAAGCCACCGCCAGGAACAUCACUCGAGUUCCGUCGGUGAAGCCUUUUGGCGCGUGUGUCAGCACUAAGAACGUCGUUGUCACGCGCCUUGGAUACGCGGUGCCGGAGAUCCAGCUUGUGCUGCAGAGCAAGGACGUCGUUUGGAGAAUCUUCGGAGCUAACUCCAUGGUGAGCGUCCACAGUGACGUCAUCUGUCUGGGUUUUGUUGACGGAGGAGUCAAUGCGGAAACUUCUGUGGUGGUCGGAGGGUUGCAGCUGGAAGACAAUUUGAUCGAAAUUGAUCUGGCGAAAAACACACUAGGCUUUAGCUCGACGCUGUUGGGACGUCAAACUAAUUGUGCCAACUUCAAUUUCACUUCCACUGCCUGAUUUGAUCGAAUGUUUGAGCUGAUUAAUGCUAAUAUUUACUUUAUUUGAAUAA